AUGCCGAGCUCAUUGCACAAGACGCGCAAACAAAUCGCAAAGAAGCGUAAUGGCAUUCCCACAGCUCUUCACGAAAAGUCGCGAGACUCGAUGCGCCUGCACAAGGCGACCAUUCGCGACCAGCGCUUAGAGAAGUUGCACAGUGCACGGAGUAAGAGGGAGCUGCCUAUCCUGGACAGGGCUGUAUACUUCCAGGAAAGUGCUCGCGAGGUCGAAGGUGAUGUGCUAGACAUGGAGACUGUCCAGAGGCUGAUCGAAACCUUCAUCCAUCAGUAUGAAGAGGAAUAUUCCGCCAUCAAGAAAGAGCGUAGGCCCGGGCGUCCGGCCUCAUCGAAGGAGGACCUCCUUAAGAUCAAGAUUGCUGCCCUCAAAGAGGAGCACGAGAAGGGCUUUCAUGUAAUGUCUGCAGACAGCGCAAGGAAGCUGGACGAGUGGGAGGGGAACUGGUCCUCAUUAAAAAAUGUCCCCUGGAUCAAGGUCACCACGAACUGCCUUGCGAGACCGACCGAUUUCCCCUCCAAGGCUGUGGCUUGA